GAUUCUCGUGACUGGGAAGCGGGUGAAUCCCCUGCAGUUCCGUCCGCCGUUGGGCUCUGAGGGCAGUUAAGACGCGAGAGCGUUGGGUGCCUUGUUUCUAGGAUGGUGCCAUGUGAGGAAUUCUCCGCUUUUUUGUUUGUCCAGCGGAAAGUGAUGUGGGUCAGUUGUAGAAAGCCUGCUGAUAAGCUAGUCGAGUGCUUCAUCCAAGGACGAGGUUAACGCGACCACAUAAUUCUUCCACUGUCGUGGGGUUGUUUCUGACCUUUUUUCGGUCGCCGUGUGGGCUCGCCCACCUCCGAACUUUCAUGUCACACUAAGGCACCGGACUAGGAACUUCUGGCUAGAUCCUACAGGACUUUUGUUUCAUUCGGCGUGUGAUUUUACUAGCACACCUCGUGGUGAGGAGACAAUGUGUACAAGUUUGUUGAUUUCACGAUGAUAUUUCUCGUCUCUUGAAACCUUCUGGGAUUUUAUAACAGAAUUUAGUCAUGCUUCGUGCUGUGAUAGCUGUCAGGACGCUACAGGGAAUUUUGUUGUCGCGGAUUUGAGGAUUUGCACAUGUGAGGAGGAAUGUCGUGAGGCUUUGUGGCAGCAGGUGGCCUGAGCGAUGGAAGGAUACCAGUUGAGUCUUCAGGGAUCGUACUCCGCGCGACUCGAAACGAAUGAGAAGAAUCCUGUUGGUAGCGCGGACAGUAGAAGUCUAGCGGAACACGUUUCGAAGCAAAGUGAUUAUCCUCUGGACGUUUCUCACCACGGUGAGUUGGUUAGGGAACGAGUUGGAAAUGCAGGAUUGCAGCAGCUGAUUCUGAAGCCGAGUCCGGCUCGGCAUAGCACGGCGUGCUGUGACGGAUUGUCCGUUCUUCGAGAAGUCGAGAAUGCCGUGGUGCCACUGCAAGACUCCAAUUGUAUGGGCCACAGUUUCCGGUCGGAGGAUAGCGAGAGCUUGGCGCUGUGGGAGGAGAAGGAACAGCCAGUGUCGAACGAAAAUGGGUGGGUGAAGAUCACAGUUCAGUCGCCGCGGUGGCUUGACGCUAUGCGCAAGUUUGAGACCGUGAAGCUUGCGCCGUGGCGAAGCUCACCAGUUCAUCCCAAGUCAUCUUUGGAUAGCCCACGGUUUUCGCUCGACAGGAAAUCCAGCAAUCGUUCCCUACACGAAUCAUCUAAGUCGUCGUGGUACAGCCAUGCGACCAAAAAGUUUCGUAGCGGAGAGAGUCGAUCGGUUCGGAGCCCUUCCAGAGCUUCCAGUGUAUCGAGACAGAGUGGGGAGUACAAUCCAUCUUUCGUUCCUUUCAGUACAUGGGUGGACGCUAUGGCGGAUGACAGCAAUCACAGGUGCUUCUCGGGAGUACGGGAGUCGCAGUUUGUUACCGAAGAAUACACUCGAUUCACUUCUUCCGCAGCUGCAUGGGACACUCGAUCGAAGUCUCAGCCCGUCUUGGAGAAAGUGCUUCCCGUCAGCGACACUGCUUGGCAAAUUCCUGCAGCCGGUCCAGAAACAGAGACUGAUACUGUAACCAAUGCAUCCUUGUUGAAAUCAGUCGACAAACUGGUCCUGACGACGAGUGCCGAGCCUGCGGCUACAGACGCCUCACCAAGUACUGCCAAGGGACAACCAGCGUCGGACGAAAAUAGGAGCUCAGUUGAUGACAAUACGAGUACAAGGUCGGGGGACACUGUACGAGCAAUCAAUCCUGUCGCACAUGCGGUUUCCAAACCUCUCGACGUUGAAGAAGAUAUUGACAGUUCUGUCCCGUCCAAGUGUGAAGCUCCCCGGAAGUGCAAGGUGGACGAGACGACCUCAGCAAACGAGGAGACCCGUUGCGAAUCUCUUGAGCCUCCACCGCAGCUGGAAAUUCCAUCGUCGAAGUCAUCAUAUGGAGUGACGCGGGAGCUGUGUCUUCUGAAGUCGAAGAGCGCGCCACUAGAUGGAAUUUGCGCAAUUCAACCGAAGAACGUUCCGUCAUUUUCCGUUCGAAACUCCAGAGGCACACUCCACACACCGCUGCCUCCGUCCGUGGCGAUGUUCGUCCGAGAGGGAGUCGUCACUGAUACCGAUAUGCCUGUAGAUUCGUUCUUAUCGAAGUCGAAAUCAUCAAAUGCUGCGGAAAGUCCUCUGCGCCGAUCUCUCAGCCGGGUGGACAGUUCUGCGACGCCAGUGAGAUUGUUCUCGAAGCUGCGAAGCAAAGUCUUUAGGCCAUCGCGUCUCUCUCCAUUUGGCAAAAACGUUGGAAGUGGGGAGUUCUGUGACUCGUAUUCUCCGAGAAGCAUUCUCUAUGGACCAGACCGCGAGAGCUUGCCAUCGUCGAAUCCUUCCUUGCGCUGCGACCCUGGGAUGCCCACCUUCUCAGUCCUACCAGCGUCCGCAUCACAAUCUUAUUCGAGUUCCGGCGCGUCAUUCGACCUCAACGAACACGAUUUCGAAGCGAUGCAUCCAGCCUACGAUCUCAACGCGACAACACGCUGUAAGGCCGUGGAUUCACUGCGAGCGAGUUUAUCCUUUCGCGACUUCGGUCCUUCACGAACUUGCUGGGAGAACGUGGGUGCCAAGGUUGAUCUCGCGGCAGUGGAAGCGGCCGCGAUUACGAUGGCGAAUAUCGACCUCUUCCGAUGCGACGAUCGAUUGGACACGAACGAACUGCGCUCAUCGCCGGAGCCGAUGCAAUCCCCUGAGCUCUGGAAAGCGACAUUCUCUACGCGAUACGCAGGAGACGAGUCUCCCCAAUUCAUGCACGAGACUUGUGUUACCACUGAACGUAUUUGUCCUUCCUCUGCCCCUCCCCCGAGCCGGCGUCGGUAUAUGUUGCCCUUGGAGGAAGAGCGCCAACAGCAGACUCCAGUAGUUGUCCCUAGGUCGAGAUCGCGUCACAGCGAGUUCACGUCUCGCCUCGGCGGGAUGUUCUCUCCGUUACGCUUGCCCGGGAACAGCCGCAGCUGCUUCGUGGGUCAUGUGCUCUCGCCACCCCACAACGACGAGGACCGAUUGCCGGCUUGCGCUACCACUCUCGAGUUCUUGACGCCAUCCGCAUCGCAAUCGUCUUCCAAGCAGAAGAGAUCGAAAUCCAUUAAGCGACGCCACUCUUCUGACGAUUCACCCACUAUGAUGACAUCGAUGAGCAAGGCUGUGAAGAAGAUAUUGGCCAAGUGUAGGAUCUCUGGCGGCAAAGGCAAGUCCAAGAUGGGCUCCCCAAUCUGCGGCACUCUUCGCCCCGUGGACUUCCAGUUUAGUGAGGCAAACUGAAGAACUGACGAAACGGUGAUUCAAUUUUUGAUGUACACUGCGUUGGAUAACGUCACUUCCGAAGAGCACAGAAUUCCCUGUUCGCUAUUAGCUUUUCAGCUUCGGACUUUUUCAAUCGUCUUCCUUGAGCAUAGAGAGCUUGAUGUCUGAGUCAACUGAUAUAUUCUGAAAUAGAAUCAAUCCGGCCUUUUUCCAAGCAUUUGCAGGAACACGUUUGAUGCCACACGUUUUCAUCCUCGCUUAGGAAUCAAUGAGACCGUGAGAGAUUGUUUAUUGAUGGGCACCUACGAUGUGCUUCAGCCAUGUACAAUAGUCGGAGAUUUUUGUUGUGAAAAACAUUGUAGAGUUGAAGCUCCCGUUUGAUCAGCUCACCUGAUUUUUAACUCAUUCGUCCGGUUGACAAUGAUGUGGUUUUCACCAUUUUAUCAGGGCGGGUGUCGAGACAGAACUUGAAUCGAAGCUGCGAUGCAGCGAUGUUUAUACUGGACCCAAAUUUUGGAAUAAACCUCAGCUUGUGAGAAUUGACAUCGUC